AUAUGUUUGCUUUUCGCAUGAAAAUACUCCUCUAACCUCACACCAACUUGUACAAAAGCUGAAAGAUAAAAAUCAUUUUCAUCUCCAACGAAUAGUUCUUCUUCCUGAAUUAGGUGCAGGAAGCUAGUUUUUCUUGAGUAUAUAACACAGUAGGUGUUCCUUCCUGCUCCUAACACCUCACAUCACAUUCAUCAAUGGCAUUCUGGGACUUGUUCUUCGUGGCACUGGUGCCAGUGCUGGAGACGCUAUUGGUUACUCUCCUUGGUUUAUUAAUUGCAACAGAACGUUUUAAUCUCCUCCGACGAGUUGAUGCAAGGAAUUAUUUGAACAAUCUUGUGUUUUACGUGUUCACUCCGGCGCUCCUCGUUGCCGAUUUGGCCGAAACAAUCACGUUUGAUCGAUUGGUUGAAAUGUGGUUUAUGCUGGUGAAUAUCUUUUUAACCUUCGUGGUUGGUUCCAUUCUCGGUUGGAUGCUUAACAAAAUCGCCAGAACGCCUAAACACCUCCGAGGCCUCGUCAAUGGUUGCUGCACUGCCGGGAAUUUGGGGAAUUUGCUUCUUAUCAUUGUCCCAGCUGUUUGUGAGGAGAGCAGUAGUCCAUUUGGAGAUUCAUCCACCUGCUCAACAUAUGGAGAGGCUUACGCGUCGGUUUCUACGGGAGUAUCUGCAAUUUUUAUAUGGACAUAUCUGUAUAUCCUCAUGGGGGCAAGUGUGGAUAGGAGCACUGAAAAUAUGAAUGCCAGCAACGCCACAGCCAGCACAAUAUAUUCUACUGGAACCCCAGAAACAUUUCCAGGAAAUAUCACAGAAUUAUUGCUUCCUUCAGCAAACUUUGCUAGCACUGACAAUGUUUCAGUUCAACUUGAGUCACCAUGUGACAGAAAUAGGAGGAAGGUGUCAAUCUUGAAUUGUAUUACUUGGCCCAUUACAAAAUGUACGGAGUAUGUCAAGUUGGAUAUGGUGUUUACACCAUCAACAAUUGCAGUGAUUGGUUAUUAUUCACCUCAAUUUGUAUGA